CUUACAUCCGUCGAGCAAGCCAAGCGGCAAGCCUUGACACGGCCGACUGCGCAUGGACGUCGACGAUUUGCUGGACUUGGAACUCCAGCAAGACUUAGACGGCUUGUCUGAGACGUCGGCGCCUCUAUUCAUGGCAGAAGGACAGGAAACCAACGAGGAAAAACUCAUGCGGGAAGCCCUCCUCGACGGUGCAUCCCGUGUGUCGAUCUCGACGAUGCUGCGUCGGCGCUCCCUUGUUGACGUCGAGACAGACAUGCUGCCCACAAGUCCGAGCGUUGUCAAGGCACUCGACUUUGACGAUACUGCCAGUAUGGAUUCCGAGUCGCAGUAUUCAGAAGUGUCGUGCCACACUGAAGAUAGUUUCAUGGCGUCGCCACCGACGUCGCGGCUAAUGAAACCCACCCGCGUAUCGACCUCCUCGACACGAUCAAAACCCACCUCAAGUCUGCCAAAGACAACUUCGUUCGCUUUUGGAUCAUCGUCGACGUCCACAGUAGCUCGGACGCGACCGUCGGCAAUUCCUGUGCCGCGCGAGUCGUCGUUGCGCAACCGGAGUACCAUUACCACCACGUCUACCGCAGCGUCAACAUCCCGCACAUCGACUACGAGCAUGCUGCCCACGCGUUCGAGCUCCGUCAAAACGGCGUCGACAUCCACUCUUCCAAUCAAGCCGCCAACAACGUCGUCCACACCGUCGUUGUCAUCGCGCACUACAGGCUACAAGACCCCGCCGCCAUCACGGUCAUCUCGGUUGCAGAGUUCUCCCGGUAGCCCCACGUAUGCCAACAGCGGAAAAGCCCCUGGCUUUGGAUCGUCGUCAUCGGAAACAGGACGGCUCUCCCGCUCCAACUCGACAUCGUCGUCCAAGUCAUUAAGGGCUCCUUCGUCGCAAGCGCCAUCGCCUCCACGCAGCAUCGUGUCGCCACCGACGCUCAUCCGGGGCAAGAGCAUGUCCCAAGUGUCUGUCGCGACCCUCUUCAAGGUCCACUUUACGACUGAAGCCGAGAUCGAAGAAGUGUUGUCGCAGCCGCCUCUGCGUGCCAUCGAUUCCAAGGGCCGCAUCGAUCAAAUGGAUAAGUACAUUCGCAAACUCAAGUACCGUUUGCGGGAGCUUAAGAUGCAGCGCGACGCGUUCUCGCUGGCGUGCCAAGGUGUGGAGCGGGAUCUGACCGAGGAACAUGCUGCGACUGCCAGGGCGUACGCAACUGCCAAGCAAGAGUUGCUGCAGCAUUCAUCCGCGCCAGGCGUGGCGUCAUCUACAGGUGAGCCGAGUGGUCCCCCGGCAACGUCGAUUCCGUCGGCCGACCCAGCUGCCGUCGGUGCUGAUCUGUCGUCAACAGCGCCUUCGACAAAUGGGUCUGCGACCUCAAACACCGUCUUGGAGGAUGACAACAGUGUCCUGAAGACUUUGGAUAGCAACAUGCAAGAGUUUGUCCGAAAUGCCAUGGAACGCAGCACGUCCCAGAUGGUCGCCAAGUACCAAGCGCUGCUGGCCGAAAAGGACCACGCGCAGGAGACACAGCUACAGUCGCUGCGAGAGCACUACACGAAGUCGAUGAGUUCAUCGACUGCGGACGCAUGGGCAACGGUCACGCAGCUCCAGGCGCAGACCAAAGCGCUCGAGGCCGACAAGACGAGCUUGGAACUCGAACUUGCUCAGAUCAAGAUCGACCACGAUGCGCUCAAGGAAGAGCUCCAUGACUUCCAGGAACGUGUUCGGAUACAAGAUGAAGAGAACACGUCGGCCAAAUCGUUUUGGCAGAAAUCGACCGACAUGAUCAAGGAGAACCGACGGCUAACUGAAGAGAUCGUUCACUUGAAUUCGGAGGUCGCGAAAGCACAGGAAGUGAUCGGAGCCAAGGAAGCCACGAUCAUGGCGCUUCAAGUGUCGGUGCAUGAUCUAGAAGAGCAGCGCAAGGGCAUGGACGACGAAAAGCGCGUGUGGGCCGACCGCCUCACGACCGUCGAGGCGGCGUGGGAAGAAGAGAAAUCCCGCCGAGAGCACUUUCAAGUGGCUCAACACCAGCUGACCCAAGACAACACGGCCAUGUACGCUCAAAUGAUGGCGAUGCAAACGGGGUGCGAUGCCCGGCUCGAGGAAAUGAAGGCGCAGUACGAACGCCAGCGCCUUGCGUACGUCGAAGAGGUGAAGAUGCUCCAGACCGAGAAUCGCGUCAUGACACGGCAUGCCCGACCACCAGCGGAAGUGGUCGAGGACAAGGGUGAAUUGGAAAAACUGUCGGCCGACUUUCUCGAAGUGCGGACACAGCUGGCUGCCCAGCUCGAAUAUGUGGCCGAACUCGAGCGCCAAGUCCAUGAAGGCAACAUCCUGCGCCGGCAAAUGCACAACACGAUCCAGGAGCUGCGUGGGAACGUGCGGGUGCACGUGCGGUUGCGGCCAUUCUUGCCGUCGGACGGCGAACUGUCCAAGCUGAAAGCGAGUUGUUGGUGCGUUGACGACGACAACUCGACCAUCACGAACGGGAAGCACCGGUUCACAUUUGACAAGUUGUUUGGGCAAACGAACGGCCAGGAGCACAUUUUCAACGAGGUAUCGGACUUUAUCCAGAGCGCGAUCGACGGGUACCAUGUGUGCAUUUUUGCAUACGGUCAAACAGGGUCGGGCAAGACAUUCACAAUGCAAGGAGGGCGGCGGCCCGAGAUGCGUGGCAUCAUCCCUCGAGCCAUGUCGUUGAUCAUGGGGUGCUGCUCGACGCUGUCGGAACAAGGAUGGACGUAUUCCCUCGAAGUGACGUUCAUGGAGAUUUAUAACGAAACCAUUCGCGACCUCCUGUCGACGGACACGUCGGUCAAGUACAACAUCCGCACGGACAAGAACGGGAAAAACUACGUCGAGAACCUCCGCCGGUAUCCGAUUUCGCUGUCGGAAGGCGUUGAACAGGUCGAGUUGAUCAUGGAGACGGCGGCAUGCAACCGGUCUGUGGAAAAGACCGACAUGAAUGCCGAGAGUUCGCGCAGCCACAGCAUCUUCACCUUGCACCUGCAUGGCCACCGCACGGACGACGACGAUUUGGACGUGGAUUUGCUGGGCAGCUUGAGUCUCGUGGAUUUGGCCGGAAGCGAACGCAUCUCCAGGUCUGGCGCGACGGGAGAACGCCUCAAGGAAGCGCAGGCGAUCAACAAAAGUCUGAGUGCGUUGGCGGAUGUCUUUGGCGCCAUUGCCAAGAAGCAGUCGCACGUUCCGUACCGCAACAGCAAGUUGACAUACGUGCUUCAGCCCGCGCUGUCAGGGGACGGCAAGACGCUCAUGAUGGUCAACUUGAGCCCGACCGACGCGUCCGUGGAUGAAAGUUUGUGCUCGCUGCGGUUUGCCCAGCAAGUGAAUGCGUGUGAAUUGGGCAGUGCCCAGCGCAACAUCAAGAAAGAAUCGAGCGGCAGUCCCAAGUCCCCGCGCACGCGAGAUCCACCACAACGCGACCAGACGCCGCCGGAGACGUCACCCAAGGUUGUGAAAGCGCCGACACCCCAACCCCGCCUCUCGAUCACACCGAAAACGAAACCAAGGCUUGGAGGGCGAUCGAUUGAAAGCUCGUAAGGGUUGAGUUCGCCGACCGCCAAAUAGCCAAGGCAGGCAGUACCAUAACUCAAACACACACACACACAUGUACAGUCACGAGAAGACUCGUCACCAUGGACAUCCCGACGGCCCACUCCUGGCGGCGGCGGACCAAUUUUCAGGUGCCGUUGCAGUUGCGCUGUUGUCAAUUCCCCUGUAA